CUCUAUCCCAUUAUGCCCCCCAUUACUCUUUUUUGUGUUUUUCUUCCUUGUUGUCCUUCUAAUGGUCCACACCUUCACCUUGUGGUUCUCAAUUCCUUUCGACUUUUCUUCUCCCUUCUUUCAAUCUCUUUACUCUCUAAAUCAUCACUCAUAUAAAUAUAUUUUUACUCCUCAACUUCAAAAAAAAUAAAAACUAUGCUUCUGUUCCACAGAAUAGAGAUAUUUCAAAUGCCAUGAAAGCUAGGUGUAUCUCAUUCUUUCUUUGAUCUUCUGAUGGCACUUACAACAAACAAGGUUUCCAGCGGUCCUAUCUUGACUAAUAGAACGACACUUUGUAAAUCAAAUGGAGAACAUUAUUUUCCCUCAUCAGCCAGGAUCAACAGAGUACAGUUUUCAAAAGUUAGACUGGAACAUGGACAUCAGAACAAUAGAUUUAUGCUCAAUGAGAGAUCAACCUUAUUCAAUGACUGGUUUGUUAAUGGAAAACCAGUAGGUUUAAUCUCCAAGACAUCUCCUGUCUCAUGUAAAUCAACAGGAGCAAAUAAUACUGAAGAGAAAGAAUGUGUUACAACUUAUGAAAGACAUGCCGAAGAUGGGAAAAAUGACCACGCUCAUUCUGUUCGUGGCUUGGCUGAAGCUUAUAGAUUUGCCUGUAACGAUGCAAGGUUUCUCUCGCGGGGCAUAAUGAGGAUGGAUGCACGUGCACGCCAAGAUGUUGCUUUUCUAGGGACAGAAUUUCUCAAACUUGAUGCUCGGGCAAGAAAGGAUACCGAGAAAAUCGACCGUGGUGUGAAGGAAAAAGCUAAGCGCCUUAAUCGUAUUGCUACUAUCUUGAAGGAUAUAGCUCAGUCCAGAUUGAAGAGUGCUGCCGAUGAGCAUUGGAGUGAUGGGGCCUUAGAGGCCGAUUUACGCCUUGCUGACUUCCGUGCCAAGCAACGUGCCAUGGAAGAUGCCCUUAUGUCCUUGGAGUUGAUCAAAAACAUCCAUGACAUGAUGGUGAGCAAGACGUAUGACUUUCCUAUUUUCAGAGAUAAGGGCUCUCUUUCAGAAAAUAACGUCGGAGGUCGAAUCAUGCUUGAAAAGAACGGAAAAACGACAAAUUCCUUUUUCGGGGAUGUGACAGCAGAACGGAUUACUGCUCUUCAGGAAGCUUACUGGAGUAUGGCAUCAGCACUUUCCGAAGCAGAUGGAAUUGAUUACACUGAUCCUGAAGAGCUUGAGCUUUUGAUCACAACUCUUAUAGACCUUGAUGCAAUGGAUGGUAAGCAAAGUGUAUCUUUGUUGGCCGAGUGUUCUAGCUCCCCUGAUGUCGGUACUAGACGAGCUUUAGCCAAGGCGCUGGCAUCCGCACCAUCUAUGUGGACUCUUGGAAAUGCAGGGAUGGGGGCAUUACAGAGGCUGGCAGAGGAUAGCAACCCAGCCAUUGCAGCUGCAGCAUCAAAAGCUAUUUAUGAACUGAAAAAGCAAUGGGAAAUAGAAGAAGGGGAUAGCUGGAGGUUUAUGAUGGAUGAAAGCACCAAAGAAGAAAAAUGAAAGCUCAGAAUCUAUUAGUUAAGAUACCAAUUAUUACACUGUAUCGCAUGCAUGAAUGCGCCUCCAUAGGAUUCUAACUAGUCUAGGAUUAAUCGGUUUCCAUGCAGCGGGCACACAUUUUCCGUAGUAAAAAAUCGUGGUCGUUGAUAUGAGGUUGAAUGGUAGAUUACACAAUAACAGAAUCAAUUUAGACGAUCACGACUAUUAAUUUAAGAUAGGACGAAUGAGAUUGAAAACUGCGUUAUGCAGUUAUUGCACCAAAUCCAAAUCCGGAUUAAACCAUAUGAUCACCAUGGAAAAUGUGCUGUGUAAGAUGCCAAUAUGCUAGUUAUAUGCAUUAUAAAUUGCAGAGCUUUCUCUUAUAACAGAGAUGCAUAUUUGUAACUAUAUACUUGCUGUAUGAAGAACUUUCCUACAAAUGGUUUGUUUA